AUGGCCUCUGGUAAUUCAUACCCAACUCGCCAGCCGCCAUCACAAUCAAAUGGUGAAGCCGACAUGCUACAUGCCAUGAUCAACAACCUCAACAUCAGGAGUCCGUAUCGUAAAUACCCUUCUUUGGGUGUUCCAUGCGCCGAUGGAACCAGCACAUUUCAACUGAACCUCCGACGAGAGCAAUGGUGGCAGAUGCUGCAGGAACAUGCUUGGAAGGAAAAAGUCAUGAUGCAGAAGUUCCGCCUUAAGGAGGAGAGCAAAGAAAGACAGAAGCAAGAGAAACUGCGAGAGAGAGAACAGGCAGAGGAGAAAGAGGAUGGGAAGGAUGGGCAGAAGAAGCAGAGGAAGGAUAGUCUUGUCACUGAGAAGGAUGUUGCUUCUGCCAACACAAGUGGAAGAGUUGCAGCUGAGAAGAGUUCAGCUGUGUCGGCCUUCUAUGAUUCGUCUGGAGAGGAAGAAGACAGCGAGGAUGAGGAACUUCCUCAGCCCGAGCAGGCAAGAUAUGGGAAAGCGAAGAAGACGAGUGAAGUCAAGAAUCACAAGGAGAAAGGUCACAAGAAUGAACACAAGGUGCGGAGGGGGAAACCCCUAGGUUGUAUACGAAACCAUGGCAAGAAAGGGUCUGUAGCCAGUUGUUCUUCAUCAAGAACAUCUACUUCUCACUCAGAAGUGGAUGUAAAGGAGGCCUGCCAGAGAGGAUGA